GCAUCAGUUGAACAGAAAGCGUCAAAGCCAAACAAUCGAGAUUUAAUCCAAAGAAUAACCAAGGAGACAAAAAAACAAUACCAAGAUGCGUCUAACACUUCUGGCGCUCAUUGGAGCUGUCUGCAUCGCCUUGAGCUUUGCCCAGCCAUUGGAUAACAACAACAAGGAGGAGCAGAUUGAUCUGCUCCAGGUAGCGGAUCAAGGAGACGCCCACGCCAACGAGGGCAAUCGAGAGGCGCGCCACUGGGGCGGCGGCGGCUGGGGAGGCGGUGGUUGGGGCGGCGGUGGCUGGGGAGGUGGCGGUUGGGGCGGCGGCGGCGGCUGGGGCCAUCACCAUGGCUGGGGCGGCGGCUGGAAUCGCGGCUGGGGCGGCGGCGGCGGCUGGGGCUGGGGACGUUAAACCGUGCCAGGCCAAGCAAAGCAGCCAAUGUCAUCGACCACCUGUCCAGGAGCCACAGCGUUAAGACACCCUGCAAUGUUUGUUUUGUGUGUGUAAAUAAAGA